UAAACGUUAGAAUCCAGUUGUUGGCAGACAUGUUAGAUAACAUUAUUUAUUAUCAUUACAGCCUACCGAUUCGGUGAUGCAAAAUCCCAGUGUCACGUCAUGGCUACGUCAUCAGCGUUAAAUGAAAACUUUAUCACAAACUAUGCAAGACUUGGACAUGCAGCACAAGAACUUCUUCCGGAAGUGUUACGAGAACUUUUAUUGUUUUUGGAAUCACCUGCUAUGCUUUUCAAAGAUUGCCAAGCCAAUAAAAAUUUAGCUGAUCGUCGUAUACUUCGACCAGUUGAAUGGCAACGUAUUACGAAUGUUGCUACUGAUGGAUACUCUAAAUUUGACAUACAACUAUCAUAUAAAAUUAUAAGAAAUCUUAAUCUUGUGCCAUGUCCGACACGUGAUUGGGAUCAUCCCAAUGAUCCGAUGGUUCAUGAAUUGACUAUAGGCGAUGAUAUCGAAAGAAUUAGACGACUGAGAAACGAAAUUUUACACAAAGGAGAAACCAAAGUCACUGAUAAAGAUCUUGCGGAGUAUUUUUCAAUCUUUAAAGGUUUAGCAAAGCGACUAGAAAAUUAUUUAGGCAAACCAUAUGGUCAUUUUUUAUCCAAAUUCGAAAACCUUGAAACGUGUUGCAUGGACCAGAAAUCAGAAGAACAUUUUAUACAAACAAUCAAGGAUCUGGUUAAAAGCGAAGAAGAUAUAAAAGAUGAAGUAGGCAGAGUUCGAAUAGAGGUAGAAGAUCUUAAAAUAAAAGGUGAACAGUUAAAACUUUAA